UGACUUUCCACCACAAUGCUCCGCGCUUUUACUCGCCUGCGGGCGACGCCGCUGCGGGCGGUUGGCGUGCGCACACAGUCAACGCGCGCUAACGUGCUUGACGAGCUGGAGGCGCGGGGCUUUGUGCAGGCCAUCACGAGUCCGGACCUCCGCAAGCAGCUCGAGACUCCGACCACGGUGUACGCGGGGAUCGACCCCUCUGCGUCGUCGCUGCACGUCGGCAACCUCCUUCCGCUCAUGGGCUUAUUGCAUCUGCGUGCGCGUGGACAUCGGCCGCUUGCCCUAAUCGGCGGCGCAACCGGGAUGAUCGGCGACCCCUCCGGCCGCUCGACGGAGCGCAACGCGCUCUCCGAAGCCGACCUCGCCACAAACGUGGCGGGUAUCACGGCGCAAGUCCACCGCUUCUUCGAGCGGGGCACGGCGUACGCCUCGAAGCGCGGCUUUUCUCCCGGGGACGGCGAUGUGCGCGUCGUGAACAACUACGACUGGUUCCGCGGCGUGGGCUUUCUCGAGUUCCUGCGCGACGUGGGCAAGUUCGCACGCGUGAACACGAUGCUCUCGCGCGACUCGGUCAAGAGCCGCCUCGACAGCGACACGGGCAUCUCCUUCACCGAGUUCAGCUACCAGCUGCUGCAGGCGCACGACUUCGCGACGCUGUACCGCACACACGACUGCCGGCUGCAGCUCGGCGGGUCGGACCAGUGGGGCAACAUCGUCGCGGGCAUCGACUUGAUCCACCGCGUGCGCGCGCAGGCUGCGGCCGAAGCGGCGGCGGCGGCGGCGGCCCAGGCCGCGCGGGAGAGGCAGGAUGCCGAAGCGCAGAUGACGCAGAGCGAGCGGCGCGCGGCGGCGCGCGCCGCGAAGGAGGAGGCUAAUGUCUCUGCGGCGGCGGCGCGGCGCGCGGCGCGCGAAGCGGCCAAGGCCAGCGCGGGGGCCGCGGCGGAGGCCGUCGAAGCCGCGCGGUCGGAGGCGCCGCCCGCGUACGGCCUCACCAUCCCCCUUUUGACCACGGCGUCGGGGGAGAAGUUCGGCAAGUCGGCCGGCAACGCCGUGUGGCUCGACAGCGGGCGCACGAGCAUCAACGACUUCUACCAGUUCUUCUACCGCGCCCCGGACGCCGACGUGCGCAAGUAUCUCAGCCUGCUGACGCUUGUGCCGCGCGAGCGCAUCGACGCCGUCAUGGCCGAGCACGAGCGCACGCCGCGCGCGCGCGCGGCGCAGGCACUCCUCGCGGACGAAGUCACCGAGCUCGUGCAUGGCCCCGAGGCGGUGCGGAAGGCACACGCCGCCCAGGCUAUUUUGUACGCUAAAGAACCCCGGGCGCUCAAGACGGCUGAGGUGCUCGAAGCGCUCGAGGGCGACCCGCGUCUCAUCCGCGUCAAGCGCAGCGAGAUCCGCGGCGUGCCGGUGUCCAAGCUCGUCGCCAUGUACGGCCUUGUCGGGAGCCGCAGUGAGGCCACCCGCCUCAUCAAGCCUCGUAACACGGGCAUCCACAUCAACGAGACCCCCGUCACAGAUCCCCGUCAGGAGAUUGUGCAAACCAACCUUGUUGACAAGCACCUCGCAGUCGUGCGGCGUGGCACACGCGAUAUGCUCGUAUUCCACGUCUCAUACGACAGCGAUUGAUAUGUUUGGGGCUCGGCACAUAGCACUGUAUCACAAGCACACUUCUCACUAUGCAUUCAUACAGCCCG